AGGAGCAGCGGACGGAUUGGGUCAGAGCGAGGAUUAGGAGCCGAGGGGGGAUCCUGUGCGGAGAUGAGUGAUCCCCCCCAGGGCAAGACCGGGCAGCAGGGUGAGGGUCCUCUAUGCGGGGCAGGAUGGAGACCCCUGCGAGGAGGGGGUCAAGGGCAGGAUGGGGGUCCCCUGCCGAGACACCCCCCUCCUCCCCAGCCCGGGUACCACCCCCCCCGGCCUCUCGCAGCCAAUGGGCAGCGGCGGAGGUUUGGGGGGGGGGGGGGCGGGUUCCCGAUCGGGGCCGCUUGUUUUUUGUGAAUGAAAGGCGGGGCGGCCGCGACUGCAGCGCGCUGCUCCGCGCAAGGCUCCGCGCAGGGCUCCGCGCAAGGCAAGCAGCUCAGGGGGCCGCGGAUGCGGAGGAGGGGGGUGCCGAGGUGCCGGGAUGGGCCCCCGCGCCCCAGGCCUUGAGCCGCGCACCGCGGCCCCGAGCCGCGCACACACCAACCGCGCAACUUGCGCCGUGACCAUGUCCGGAGGGGCGAGCCCGGCCCCGGCCCCUGGGAGCCGUCGCUUCAUCUCUGUUGGUGUCCCAAUUAAUGGAUUCUGACAUGGAUUAUGAGAGGCCAAACGUAGAAACUAUCAAGUGCGUCGUGGUCGGGGACAACGCGGUGGGGAAGACCCGACUCAUCUGUGCCCGCGCCUGCAACGCCACCCUCACCCAGUACCAGCUCCUCGCCACACACGUGCCCACAGUCUGGGCCAUCGACCAGUACCGUGUCUGCCAGGAGGUGCUGGAGCGCUCCAGGGAUGUGGUAGAUGAUGUCAGUGUGUCCUUGAGGCUCUGGGACACCUUUGGUGACCACCACAAGGACAGACGCUUUGCUUAUGGCAGGUCUGACGUUGUGGUUUUGUGCUUCUCCAUCGCCAACCCCAACUCCCUGCACCAUGUGAAGACCAUGUGGUACCCAGAGAUCAAACACUUCUGCCCCCGUGCCCCCGUCAUCCUGGUGGGCUGCCAGCUCGACCUGCGCUACGCCGACCUCGAGGCCGUCAACAGGGCUCGGCGGCCCUUGGCCAGGCCAAUCAAACCUAAUGAGAUCCUUCCCCCGGAGAAGGGGAGGGAAGUGGCCAAGGAGCUGGGGAUCCCUUACUACGAGACCAGCGUGGUGGCCCAGUUUGGCAUCAAGGACGUGUUUGACAACGCCAUCCGCGCCGCCCUCAUCUCCCGCCGCCACCUGCAGUUCUGGAAGUCCCAUCUCCGCAACGUGCAGCGGCCCCUGCUCCAAGCCCCCUUCCUUCCUCCCAGACCCCCUCCUCCCAUCAUCAUCGUCCCCGACCCCCCGUCCAACAACGAGGAGCGCCCGGCUCACCUCUUAGAGGACCCGCUGUGCGCCGACGUCAUCCUGGUGCUGCAAGAGAAGGUCAAAAUCUACGCACACAAGAUCUACCUCUCCACGUCCUCCUCCAAGUUUUACGACCUGUUCCUCAUGGACCUGAGCGAGGAGGAUCAGCCAAGCGCCGUGGGGCAGGGCUUCGGGCCGGCCGUGCCGGCGGCUGCUGAGAGGAUGCUGCACCAAGAGGAGAGGCACCACGGGAGGGAUUUCCUCCUCCGAGCAGCCAGCUUUGAUAUCUGUGAGAGCAGCGAGGAGGCCGGGUCUGGCCAGCGCAAACCGUGCCUUAGAGCCUCCACCAGUGACGGGAUCCUGCGGGGCAACCGCUACGAGAGCGGCGAGCGCGGGCUGCGGCGGGGAAGGGACCUGUCCUCAUGGAGCCGGGCUUUCACCAGCAUCCAGGAGGAGAUGGCAGAAGAUCCUUUGACUUACAAAUCCAAACUGAUGGUGGUGGUGAAGAUGGACUCUUCCAUCCAACCUGGUCCUUUCCGGGCCGUGCUGAAGUACCUGUACACCGGGGAGCUGGAUGAGAACGAGCGGGACCUCAUGCACAUCGCUCACAUCGCCGAGCUGCUGGAGGUGUUCGACCUCCGCAUGAUGGUGGCCAACAUCCUCAACAACGAGGCUUUCAUGAACCAGGAGAUCACCAAAGCCUUCCACGUCCGCAGGACCAACCGGGUGAAGGAAUGCCUGGCCAAGGGGACUUUUUCGGAUGUCACCUUUGUGCUGGAUGAUGGUGCUAUCAGUGCCCACAAGCCCCUGCUCAUCUCCAGCUGCGACUGGAUGGCUGCCAUGUUCGGCGGCCCCUUCGUGGAGAGCUCAACCAACGAGGUGGCUCUUCCUUACACCAGCAAGAGCUGCAUGAGGGCGGUGCUGGAGUAUCUCUACACCGGGCAGUUCAGCUCCAGCCCCGACCUGGACGACAUGAAGCUCAUCAUCCUCGCCAACCGCCUCUGCCUCCCACACUUGGUGGCUCUCACUGAGCAGUACACUGUCACCGGGCUGAUGGAGGCGGCGCAGAUGAUGGUGGACAUCGAUGGGGACGUGCUGGUGUUCCUCGAGCUGGCUCAGUUCCACUGUGCUUACCAGCUGGCUGACUGGUGCCUCCAUCACAUCUGCACCAACUACAACAACGUGUGCCGCAAGUUCCCCCGGGACAUGAAGGCCAUGUCUGGAGAGAACCAGGAGUACUUCGAGAAGCACCGCUGGCCGCCGGUGUGGUACCUGAAGGAGGAGGAUCACUACCAGCGGGCCAAGAAGGAGCGGGAGAAGGAAGACUACCUCCACCUCAAACGGCAGCCCAAGAGGCGCUGGCUCUUCUGGAACGCCUCCUCCUCCCCUUCCUCUCCUUCAUCAUCAGCAGCCACAGCCUCCUCCUCCUCCUCCUCUUCCUCCUCCUCGGCUGUGGUUUGAAAGCCCGUCAUUACCCUGGCUCCAGCAUCCCUGGGAGGAUGAGGAGGAGGAUGAGGAUGAGGAUGAGGAGGAGGAUGAGGAUGAGGAUAAGGAUGAGGAUGAGGAUGAGGAUGAGGAUGAGGAUGAGGAUGAGGAAGGGUGACAGGACCUGUCCCAGCGCCAGGCAUGGAGCGGCCGCCGCCGGCCGAAGCCGCAGAGGAGCUGGUGGCAGCGGGGGCUCGUCCUUGAGAGGGGGGCUCAGCCCCAGCCCCAGCCCCAGCCCCAGCCCUGGGCUGCUGGAGCAGCACCGAGCAGCAGGAGAAACUCACGUUUACAGGAGCUUUGUUGUGUGGUUUGAUUUGGGGUUGCUUUUGGGUUGGUUUUUGGGGGAUUUGGUGUCUUUCUUUUCGGAACAUCAGCAGCAUGAGGAAGAAGAAGGAACCCAUCCUGCUUCCACUUGCAUCACUCCCCAGAAGCUGGGGGAUGUGGUUGGUUUGGCUGAUGGCAUCUCACCACCCUGGGCAGCCAGAGCUGCUGGGGGAUGGAGGGAGGGGGGGGGUCCUGUCACCCCCAUUGACUUGCAGCAGGGUCAGACACCAUGCAGAGGGACCCCAGUCCCCAAAUGCCUCUGGGCACUGCAGCAUCCCUCCUUCUACCCACAAGUGGGGUCUGUCCUAAUUCCAGGGAGGGGGUAGGUGACAGGAGCUCUCUCCUCCCUGCCACUUUCUUUUUGUUUAAAAAGAAAACAAGCAAAAAUAAACCCCACAAGGCUCCCAAACCCCACACCCCAAGCUGCCACACCAGAAACCAACCCCAGGCCCUUGCCUUGGGAUUUUAGCCUGGAAGGCUCCAUUGUAAUAAAUGGUCUUUUCAAAGCCCAGCGUGGUCCCUGUGUGUUUGGGAGGAAGCGACUGGACACGGGGCAGCCUUGUGCCCUGUUUGGGGUGACACCAGCACCCCCUUACCAGUGCUCCCAGGAUGGACAAGGGACAGUGAGAGGUUGCAGGAUCCAGCCAUCCCCAAAGCCUUGUACAAGGAGGAGGUGGCUUUACCAUCAGACUGACUUUGCAUGUCCCACCUGUGUCCUUGUAGGUGCACCAACAGGCAGGAGAAGGCAGCUUGGUGGGCUGCCAGCCAGGGCAAGAGGGCCCCAAAACCUCUGCUCAACCUCCCAGGCUGGGCAGGGGGAAGCUCCUUUGAGCCCACUCUGGGCUGAGAAGGCAAGCCUGUGGGGAUGCUCCCGCUGUCCCCUCCUGCUCUGUGCUGCUCCUCCUGCCUCACCUCGGUAGGGCACUUGGAAUCCCUCUUUUUCGCAUGCUUGUCCUCAGCCACAGAUGCAGGAGCGAGGCUGCAGCUCCAGCGAGCUCCCACUUUGGUGUUCUCACACUUUGCAGCACCUCCAGCACAGGUAGGACCACGAGUUUCUUUUCCCUUUCCAAUCCGGGCUGGGUUUGCCUUCCCCAGGCCAGGACCCCUGAGCCCCUGGAUCCUGGCACUAAACCCUGCAUGUGCCUGGCUCUGCAGGAGCUCCCUGCCCAGGUUUGCAUGCUUGGGAAGCAACGUGGGGGCUGCCCAGGACACGACCUCGGGCAUGAAACCUCCAGGGAGGUCACCACCAGCUCCUGCUUUCAGCACUUGCUCCAGCCUGGUGUUUCUCUGUAAACCCAACAGCAGGGUGAAGGCUGAUGGGCAGCUCCAGGGAGCUUUGUUGGGGCCAGCAGAGCCCUUUUCUCACUAAGCACUGCAUGGAUUUGCAACGCAGCUAUAGCAGCACACAGAGCCCUGGCUGGGUGUAGCUGGAGCAGCCCCUCAGCAGCAGCUCUGGCCCCAGGGACUGAGAUUUCAGCCUCUUGCUUUUUGCAGGUGACUAAAAACCACAGGACUCACGGGGUAGGGGGGUAAAGGCAGAGCCCAGGUUGGCUGCUGAGGACUUUUCCCUGGCAGAAGCAUCACUGGUGAGGAACCUCAGUACCCUGUGAGGCAGCUGCUGAGCAUCUGCUCCAGCUCCUUUGGUGCCCAAUGCAAACCUGGAGCAGACCAGCCUUAGGGCAGAGCAAAAAGUGUGUGUCUGUGUCUCUGUGUGUGUGUGUGUGUGUGUGAGAGAGAGAGAGAGGGAAACACAAACCCAAGAUGAGCAAUCAGGAGGAUUUUUUAACAAGUUUAUUCUUCCUUCAUAAAGAGACAUGUAAAAAAAACCCCUGGAAAUAGCAAACUGGCUGGGCCAGAGCUCUGUAUAAAACCCACACAGUCAUGCAAGUACAAACCAACCAAAUCCAACAAUAUUUUUCUAUUAGCUUUUAAGUUAAUAAAUGCACACGUUUACAGUUACUAAAUAAAUACAUAA